AUGUCCCAAUCGUUAAAACCAUAUUUAACCGCCGUAAGAGCAUCAUUAACUGCAGCCAUUUGUUUACAAGACUUUUCGUCGCAAUUAGUAGAAAGACACAACCGACCUGAAAUAGAAGUUGACAACUCACAUGACCCCGAGUUGAUCUUGAACCCCAUGGUGAUUGCCAGAAACGAAAAUGAAAAAAUCUUAAUUGAGCCUUCAAUCAACUCGGUGAGAAUCUCGAUCAAAAUCAAACAGGCCGAUGAAAUUGAACAAAUCUUGGUUCAUCAAUUCACAAGAUUCUUGACUUCCAGAGCAGAAAACUUUUUCAUUUUGAGAAGAGUCCCAAUCAAAGGCUACGAUAUUUCAUUCUUGAUCACCAAUUUCCACACCGAACAAAUGUUGAAGGACAAAUUGGUCGAUUUCAUUAUAGAAUUCAUGGAGGACGUGGAUAAAGAAAUCAGUGAAAUGAAGUUGUUUUUAAAUGCAAGGGCUAGAGUGAUUGCUGAGUCGUUCUUGAUUCCUUUCGAUUAG